AUGUUACAGGCGACUCCUGCCUCCAAUACUCCAUUUUCUCGAAGAUUCUCGUUAUCAGCUUUUGUUAAUUCAAGAAAGUUGCUACAACUCGAGAACGCGUAUAGCAUUGGAAAUGGAACGCAGUUUGAUCUGAAAUUGCUGAUAGGAAUCAUGCUGAGAUCAAAACAACAUGAACUCAAUAUACGUAUACGUGGAAUGCAGAUAAGUUUAAGGUUAACAAAGGGAUUGUAA